AUGGCGACCUCCACAAAGCCAUUGCUCACCGACCUCGCAUCUACACUUAAACAGGUGCCACCCAAUUACAUCAGGCCAAUCUCCGACCGUCCGAACCUCUCCGGUAUCGAUGCGUCCGAUGUUUCCAUUCCGCUCAUCGACCUCGGGGGACCCGACCGCUCCGAUGUUGUUAAACGGAUUGGCCUAGCUUGCCGACAAGACGGCUUCUUGCAGGUCAAGAACCAUGGGGUUCCAGAGGCUACGAUCAACAACAUGCUGCGUUUAGCCAGAGAGUUCUUUUAUUUGCCGGAGAGUGAACGGUUGAAGAAUUACUCCGACGACCCUUCCGUCAAGAACCGGUUGUCGACCAGUUUCAAUGUCAAGACGGAGAAGGUUGCUAACUGGAGGGAUUUUCUCAGACUCCAUUGCUACCCUCUUGAAGAUCAUAUUAACCAAUGGCCUUCAAAUCCCCCAUCCUUCAGGAAAGAUGUUACCGAGUAUUGCAGUAGCACGAGGGAUUUAGUGCUGAGAUUGCUGGAAGCCAUAUCCGAGAGCUUAGGGUUGAAGAAGGAUCAUAUAGAGAAGACACUGGGCGGGCAUGGACAACACAUGGCUUUGAACUACUAUCCGCCAUGUCCACAACCACAACUUACUUACGGAUUGCCGGGCCACACAGACCCUAAUUUAAUCACCGUCCUUCUCCAAGAUGAUGUCCCUGGACUACAGGUUCUGAGAAACGGCAAAUGGGUUGCCGUUAAUCCCAUUCCCAACACCCUCAUCGUCAACAUCGGCGAUCAAAUGCAGGUGAUUAGCAACGAUCGUUAUAAAAGUGUGCUCCAUCGAGCUGUUGUGAACUGCAACAAAGAACGAAUCUCCAUCCCCACUUUCUACUGCCCGUCACCGGACGCAUUGAUAGGCCCUGCGACGGAGCUGAUCGACGAUGACCACCCUGCGGUGUAUCGAUGUUUUACCUAUGGCGAAUUCUACGAAAAGUUUUGGAAGAGGGGACUUGCAACUGAAUGCUGCCUGGACAUGUUCAAAACUUCUAUCUGAUGAAUCAUUUUUACAAACAAACAUAAAUGAACGUCAUACGAACAGUUUACCAAACGCUCUGUUCAUUUACUGACGCUCUAUCCGAAUAGUCACAUGAC